AUGGGGUCCGGCUUUUCACCUGGCCUAAGCGCGUCACCAGGUCCAUCGCCUCUGCACGAGCCUCUGACGCUCGCAGCCACUGGGCAGGAGCUGCACAGACACGCGGCAUCGGCACCCACCGCUCUGCGACACACGGCACCUCCACCAGCCAUCGGCACCACUGCACAGGUACGCACAACGCAUCACCAGCCAUCCAGCACCACUGCGCAGGCACAGCGCAUCCGCAACCCUCCCGGCACUUUUCUGGGCCUGACGCAUCACCAGCCUCGGCGCACGCUGCUGGGCAGCGCAUCACUUAUUAUCAGCACCACUGCUGAGCACACAACACCUCCUGUGCCACUCCGACACAGCUACGCAAACGCAACACAUCGCAACCUCGGCAUGACUGCUGGGCACAACACACUCCACCCGGCCUCCAGCACGGAUUGCCUGAGCACACAACGCAUCACCAGCCCCUCCGGCAUUUCUGAAACGCACAACGCAUCCACCCAGCCCUCCAGCACCCGCUACACAGGCACAACGCACUCACCGGCCAUCAGCACCACUCACACAGAGCACACAGCACAUCACCAGCCUCGACGCCUUUCACCAAACGCACAACGCAUCACACCAGCCCAUCAGCACCACUGCACGAGCCGCGCGACACCCUCCGCCGACCCUCCAGCACGGGUGCCCCAGAGCACACGGCAUCACCAGCCUCCAGCACCGCUGCUGGAGCACGCAUCACCCGGCAAAUCCCAGCACCGCUGCGGUACUGACACGCAUCACCAGCCGCCAAGCACCACUGCACAGGCACGCGCAUCUGCCAUCCCAGCGCCACUGCACCAGACGCACAGCGCAUCACUUGACCUCGGCACGCUACUGAGCACACCAGCGCAUCACCAGCCACUCGCGGCACGGCUACCUGAGCACACAACACAUCACUGGCCUCUGUUUUGCAAUGCUGAGCACAACGCAUCACCGGCCAUCGGCACCACUACGCAGGCCACGCAGCAUCUGCCGACUGCGUCAACACCACUACACAAACGCAGCAUCCAUGACCAUCGCUUGCCGCUACUGAGCACACGGCACCAUCACCAACCAUCCAGCACCGCUACUGAAACGCACAACACCUCCACCAACCGCUCCAGCACCGCUACCGACACCUGGCACUUUAUCACCAGCCAUCCAGCACUUGCUGCACAAACACACAACGCAUCACCCAACCAUCCAGCGCUGCCGCAGAGCACACAGCGCACUCCACCAGCCCUCGGCACAGCUACUGAGCACCUGGCACUUAUCACCAACCCCUCCAGCACGGUUGCUGUUGCCCGCACUCCACCAACCCUCCGCACCCAGCUACACCUGAGCACACCAGCACAUCCGCAGCCCAUCAGCACCCGCUGCCUGACACACAGCACCUCACCAGCCCACUCCGGCACCGCUUCACACAGAGCACACCAACGCACAUCACCAACCAUCCAGAGCACCGCUGCACAGACGCACCAACGCAUCACCAACCGUCCAGCACCGCUGCACAGAGCACGCAGCACUCACCAGCCGUGGCUGCCUGCAAACCGCAACAUCACCCAGCCACUCGACGCCGCCUGCCUGAGCCCCACUGUACGCUCCGCCAGCCCAUCAACGCCGCUACGGGCGCACAGCGCAUCACCCGACCGUGAAAACGCCACUGCACCAGAGCACACAGCGCAUCAUGACCCAUCAACACCGCUACUGAGCACACAGCGCAUCAUAAGCCACUCGGCUUGCCACUGCACAGAGCCACACCAACGCAUCUUGACCAUCCGGCGCAGCUGCACAGGCCUGGCAGAUCACGCCGACCGUCGGCUUUCACUGCGCAGAGCACGCAACGCAUCACCACCGGCCAUCGGCACCACUGCACAGGCACGCAGCGCAUCACCAGCCAUCGGCACCGCUGCUGAGCACUGA